UGCGUAUCUAACUCUGCAUCCGAAGAAGAUGUAUGAUUUUUGAGAAAGGCUUCUAUGAGAUAUAUGACGACUAGAAUACAUACCAGGGGUACAUGUACAGUCAGUCGUGGAGUGGUAAUAUCAUGGAUUUAAGGGAAAAUGGAAGAGGAGGAAGAAGUAGACGCGGAGGACAUUAGAAGAUCGUCCUCCUUUGUGUUAGACGAUGUAUUUCAUCAGAGUAAAGAAGAAAUGAGAGAAGAACUUGAAAAGUUUCAAAAGGAUGUGGACGAAGAAUUUGAUGACAUCGAAGAAAGAAUGUUUGUUCAAAAUAUCAUUUCAUACAUGCAAUGGAGGUUGCAAGAAAGCGAAAAUGCAUUCAAAUCUUUAGAUAUCGCGGAAAGGCUACAGAAAAAGCCGCAUUUAAUUACUCAUUGCAACAAAAUAUUAUUUUACACCGAAUCUGGAAAACAUUAUCUUUCAAACAAACUAUCAAAGGAACUGAAAAAUAAUGAUCACUUUAAGCAAACUAGAACCAAGUCAGAAGCAACAGCAGAGAUAGGAUAUUAUUACUCUCGGCUAGGUCCAAAACAUCAUGACAGGGCAAUAAAGCUACUCAAGGAAGCCACUGCAAAUAUAACCCCUGAAAGAAAUAUACUUUGGGAAUUUCGCCUAGCAGUAACUUUACGCCGCCAAACUCAUAUGUUUCAGAUGACAACACCUGAAAUCUUUAAUCCUACUGAAAAAAAGAAAGAAGCUGCACGUCUCUUGUAUGGAGUUUUAAAUUUCCCCACUCAUGAUUAUCGUUAUAUAAAAGCAAGGACGUGGUGUGAAUUAAGCAAACUGUUAUCUAAACGUAACAAUUUGUUCGAAAUCAUAGAGACUGACAGGGAAGAAACAGAGAAAAUAACUGAAUGUUGGUGUUUCAAAGAAGCAAUAAAGUUGUGUCCCAAUUAUUUCUUCGUUCUUCGAGAUUAUGGAAUCUAUCUAAGGUACAUAAUGAAUCUUGAAAAAUCAAAAGAGAUGCUAGAAAAAGCUGUUCAAUUAAAGGACACAAUUUGUUCGAGGCACCAUUUAGCACUCACUCUAAAGAAAAUUGUGCAGGAAACUAUUCCAAGACCAUGUUUCGGGAACAACAUUCAAUAUCCGUAUUCUAUGGAUGAUAGAAAUCAGUCAAAACGUGACUCAUAUGAAAAUAAGUCAAAACAUGAUUCAUAUGAUCUUGAUGAAUGUAAUUUGGUUCAAAAGUUUGAUUUACUUUCAGUCGAUUCAGGCCUGAAGGUUGAUAAUUCAAUAGAAGAGAGAAGGGAUCAAUUCAAAUCAAGUUUAACAAUUGUUUUGUAUGAAAGAACCAAAUCGACAGAUUUUGUAAGGACAUACAAGAAAGACUGGAAACAAAUUGAUAAUAUAGCAAAAUCUUCUUCUAAAUUUCGACCGCGUAAAACUUCACGAAAGAAAGAUCAACCAAUGUAUCACCAGAUAAGAGAUCAAAGGAAGCCGCUUUGUCAUGAUCAGGCAGAUGCUUCUGGCCUGAAAGGGACCUUCAAUUCUGCGAAAAAAUCGCCAAGAUAUGUGUGUAUUUCUCCGGACAACCCUUUGCUAAUAGAAGCUGUUGAACACCUUCAAAGAGCUAUUGAAAUGUCGAAAGAAUAUGACGGUACUCGAUAUGACUUAGGUUUAAUAUACCGGAUGCUGGAUAGAUUGGAUGAUGCUCUGAAGUGUUUCUCUUCCAUCACAUCGGGUAAUUGUGGAAACCCAUCAGAAUAUCAAAUGUACGUUAUUAACGCUUAUGAACAGCAAGCAUGCUGCAAACUAGAUUUACUUGCAAGGGAAAGUGAUCCAGAAAAAAAGAAUGAACUACGAUAUGAUGUAAAGGAAUGCGCAUGGAAGGCUCUUACCAUUGUAUCAGGAGUGAUUGCGGCAAUACCCAUGUUGAAAAGAUCAAACCAAUGUUAUCAAACACUUAAAGUAUUACUGCAACAUGAACAGAAUUCUUUUAGAACAUUAAAGGAGCUUGCAAAACUACAUGGUCUGUUAGAUUACGACGAAGAAUCGAUAAAAUACUACAAAGAAAUAAUUAAGGAAAAAAUGGAUACAACAACUGUGAGAGAACUUGCUCAAACGUAUAUAAAGAUAAAAGACUUUACAAAUGCAAUAUAUACUUUGUCACUAUUGCAAAGGACGUCAGAAAUGAAUAUUUCUGAUAAAUCUUUGUUUGUAGAAACAUGCAUCAAAGGGGCUGAGCAUUCGUUGAACGAAGACGAUGAUGUAGAGAUGGCAAAAAUUAGAUUUACAGAAGCUUACAAAGCUAUUGUUUCUCGCCAAAAUGUAUCCACACCCAAAAAUGAAGAAGAUGAUACAUCACUUGAUAUUCUUGUUUUAGAUAGUUGUGGUAUUGAUGAUUGUUGCUACCAAAACUUUGUCACUUCUUCAUUGGAGACAUUUGUGCAGUUGAAGUUUGUCGUGAACGCUUUUCCAGGGUGUCUUGUUUUAAAAUACCUGGACAAAGCAAUGGAGGAAUCACACUGUAUAAUAAUUCUUCAACAUGAAAGUAUGAGUAAUGAUGAUGAGAAAGACAAAUUGAUAGAUCUAUCAAUAGAAAGCGCGUUCCUGAAUCACCAAGCGAAAAUUCUCCAAGUCAGGAAAGAAGACGUGAGGCAGUACCUUCCAUGUUGUAAAGAAAUAGUUCUGACAAGUGAUCCUAGUGAUAUUGUCAAUACUGAUAGCAGACCAUAUCUGCUGCUGAAAGGCAACCUGUUUGCACACAUUCUGCACAAAUUAUCAGAUAUAUUUUUGGGAUAAUCUGUUGAUCGAUUAACUGGCUGUGUUAAAUAUUAUACAGAUAUUGAUUUGGACUGAGGGUAACAAUGAAAAGCUCAUUUCGAAAAUAUCAGUUCGCAUCAAACGGCCACUGGUGAUAUCCCGCUUCCCGUACAAACUGAGUUACAGAGAGUCUAUCUGAAUUUACUUCAUUAUAUCUCGGAAAUCCUUAUAUCCGUUUUGAAAGCAAACAGUCGCAUUGCGCGUCCGUUGUUUACUUGCCUUGACUGAUUGCCUUUUAUGACAUCACCUUUCUUGGAGUCGCAAAGAAUUAUUUACGUCACCGUUUACGAAUCAACAAAUCAGAAGCAGUCAAUUGAAAUAGAGGAAAUAUUCUCAAGAUAUUAUUUCUAGUCGGUCAUAUCUAAAGUUUGUUGACCGGUCAAUAUUGGACAAACUUUUAUUAUAAUUAUUGACUAUUCGUCUAUAUAGAGUUAUACAGUGAGAAAAUACUAUUAAAAAAGCAAGAUACAGCAAUUGAGUGAGAGGAACCUAAAGGUUUAACAAUUCAUAUGUUGCCUGAAUCACAGUGAAUAACUGUUUUGUCAUACCCUUCACUAAAUAAUAUGCCUUAAAAACCUGUGAUGCAAUCUUCCGAUUUCAAUCCAAUUACAUGAAAUUGUUUUAUUCUGAUCGAUACUUAAUUAAAACUAUAACGGACAAAUAAUCUACUAUCUGUAUUUCCAUUCAGCUAAGCAUUUUAUAAAGGUCAAUUCAUGAUUAUAAACACCCAAAUUAAUGUAACGUUAUAUGAAAACAUAAUCUAUAGUACAUAUUACCUGAUUUUCAUAAAACGUUUAUAGAACGCUGAAUGAGAUGGUUGAUUUCAAUGAUUUUGUAAACUUUGACUAAAAGCAGUACUUGUUGCUGUCGUCGAUAUUUGUUGUCGCCGUCGUGAGGUGGUAUGUGACACCUUCAUGUUGUGACGUAUUAUUUAUCGAAAUAAACAAUAAAAUCAAGUAUAUUUUGAUAAAUAGUUUCUUUUUCGUAAUUGUCAUCUAGCAGGAUAGCGCAGUGGGCUAGAAGGAUCACUACGGGGCUGUUAGUCAUUAGUUCGCAUCCCGCUGGGCAUUUUCAAAUUUUUACCUUUCCAAAAUUUUUAAAACGUAGUUUUUUUUAAUUAUUGUAGAAUUUGAAAACUCUAAAACUGUGAAAGUAUUUUAUUUAUAAUUCACUCUAAUCAACAUUAAUAUCGACAGAUGUCCGAUAUUAGCAUAUUUUUAUUGUUUUGCCAAACUGAUUGUCCAUACACACGUAAUUAAAAUUCAUAUCAAAUACAAUUGUCAUAAAUAUUUCAUGAAAAUUCUUUUUAUCCUUGAACAUCCUACAUCUUUAUCUUUGUCAAAAUAUUACAUUGUAUCGUAUAUUAGAAAACGAAAAUCGAUAAGUAACAAUGGGUUGUUAAUAGCUGUAAUAGUGUUUUCUGCUAUCAAUA